AUGGCUUACAUAACCAAAAGGUUUAAGAAGAUGGUCAGAAGAAAUGUAGGAAUACUAAAAAGGGGCAACUCCAGCAAACCAAAGAACUUUGAUCUAUGCUACAAGUGUGGAAAUCCAGGGCACUUCAUCAAAGAUUGUCCUUUCCUGAAGCAAGAACACUCCAAGUACAACCUUGAGAAAGUAGCCAAGAGGAACCCGGUUCCUGACAAGCACUUCAAAAGGAAGAGGUCCGCUGACAAUGUGGUGAAACAGGCUCUUGCAGCAUGGGGAGAUUCCUCUAGUGAGUCUGAAGAUGAAACAGAUGCAAGUGACAACUCCAUGAUGGCAGUUGAAAGUGAGAAAAAUGAAUAUGAUUCAAUAUUUGCUUUGAUGUCCCAAUUAGAUGACGAUGAAGACAAUGAAAACAAUGAGGGAACAGUGAACGGAAGCAGUCAACAAUGGUUCAUGGAUAGUGGAUGCUCAAAAAAGGGAGUGUAUCCUUUG